UUUUUUUUUUGAAGAGCAUAUGUUUCCUUAUUAAUGGUGGAAAUAGUCAAUGACAGUAUUAUUAUAAUAGUAGAAUAAUAACUCUUUAAUCUUGUUCCUGGUGGAGAAGAGAAGAGAAGAGGAAGUGUAGAAAAUGAUGAAGUACGCGUUUGAAUGUCUGCUGAGAAAGAGAAACUCAAAGGGCAUUCUCCCAUCAUCAUCAUCAUCAAGAAGAUGCAUCGUACAGAAGAAGAAUCUGUGCAGCAGCAGCCAAACCGCAAGGACAGUCCCAAGAGAGAGGGUGGAGUGUGUGGUGAUAGGGGCAGGUGUAGUGGGAUUAGCAGUGGCCAGAGAGGUCGCUCUGAGAGGCAGACAAGUACUCGUACUCGAUUCCGCUCCCACUUUUGGAACCGCCACUAGCUCCCGCAACAGCGAAGUCAUACACGCCGGUAUCUACUACCCUCCCAAUUCUCUCAAGGCAAUUCUUUGUGUGAGAGGAAGAGAAAUGCUGUACAAGUACUGCUCUGAACACAACAUUCCUCAUAAACAAAUUGGCAAACUCAUAGUUGCUACUGGAGCUUCAGAGAUUCCAAAGUUGGAUGAUUUAAUGAAUCGUGGAAUUCAAAAUGGGGUUGAUGGCUUAAGGAAGAUAGAGGCUUCUGAAGCCAAGAGAAUGGAACCUGAACUGCAAUGUGUGAAAGCUUUACUGUCACCUGCUUCUGGGAUUGUUGAUACUCAUUCCCUAAUGCUAUCUCUAGUGGGGGAAGCUGAAAGUCAUAGAACAACGUUCUCCUACAAUACUACUGUCAUUGGUGCCCAUCUUGAAGGAAAUAGAAUCUACCUCCAUGUUUCUGAAACAAAACACCUUGAGAACUGGAAUGUGAGGAAUCUAUUGCUCCCGGAGCUAGUACUUAUUCCUGAGCUUGUGGUGAAUUCUACAGGCUUGAGUGCCACUGCCCUUGCAAAUAGAUUUGAAGGUCUAAAUAGUGGAGUUGUUCCUUCUGGAUAUUAUGCACGUGGUUGCUAUUUCACAUUAUCUAAUACUAGAAUCCGCCCUUUCAAUCAUUUGAUAUACCCAAUACCAGAAGAUGGUGGUCUUGGAGUGCAUGUUACUCUUGAUUUGGAUGGCCAAGUCAGGUUUGGCCCAGAUGUUGAGUGGAUUGAAGGAAUAGACGAUAUUUCAAGCUUCCUGAACAGGUUUGACUAUUCUGUAUGCGUUAAUCGUUCCAAGCGAUUCUACCCAGAGAUAAGAAAGUACUACCCAAAUCUGAAAGAUGGAUCUCUAGAACCAGGAUAUGCAGGGAUUCGUCCUAAACUUUCAGGACCCCGGCAGUCUCCUGUUGAUUUUCUAAUACAGGGUGAAGAUGCUCAUGGGGUACCCAGUCUUGUUAACCUUUUCGGAAUUGAGUCACCUGGUUUAACCUCAAGCUUGGCAAUUGCAGAACAUGUAGCUGCUAGGUACUUGAAAUAAUGCAAAACGUAAGCUUCUAGUUUCUUGAUUAGAUAGAAAACCAUUCUGUAAUUUAUAUUUGAAGUUUGAACCAUCUUACUAAGCUGAUGAAAUCUUCAAAAUAGUCUGUAUCAAAAUGUAUCACAUUGUCCAAUUGGACGAAGGAUAUCUAUUAGUGAUGAUCCUUGGUGUUA